GUGUAGCUAUACCGCCCCCACCGCAGCUCUUCUGCCCCCUGCGUUCUGCCCACGCGCACGGCAGCCUGGGAAGGAGAGCGGAGCAGGAGGAGGAACCGGGAGGAAAUCUGCUCCUCACUCAGUCCUCUGCGCUCGGUCCAAAGGGAGCAUGAUGGCGUAUCUGAAACAAGCCCCGUACGGAAUGAACGGGCUGAGCCUGUCCGCCACGGGCAUGGAGCUGCUUCACCCCACCGUGGGAUACCCAGCGGCGCCCCGUAAGCAGAGGCGCGAGCGGACCACUUUCACACGCGCGCAGCUCGACGUGCUCGAGGCGCUGUUUGCCAAAACGCGCUAUCCGGACAUCUUCAUGCGCGAGGAGGUGGCGCUCAAGAUCAACCUGCCGGAGUCCCGCGUGCAGGUUUGGUUCAAAAACCGUAGAGCGAAGUGUCGCCAGCAGCAGCAGCAGCAGCAAACCCAGCCAGGAACCCCGAACAAGGUCCGACCCGUGAAGAAAAAGUCUUCUCCAGUCCGAGAGGCGAAUCCCGAGGCCCCCAGCUCGUUCCCCGCGGCCUCCAGCGCCUCUUUACCGCCUAUCCCAAGCAGCACCGGACCGCCGGCGUCCAUCUGGAGCCCAGCCUCCAUCUCCCCUCUUCCGGACCCGCUUUCCACCUCUUCGUCGUCGUGCAUGCAGCGCUCCUACCCCAUCUCCUACACGCAGGCGUCGGGCUACGGCCAGAGCUACACGGCCACGUCGUCGUACUUCAGCGGCAUGGACUGCGGCUCGUACCUCGGGCCCGUGCACCCGCAGCUGAGCGGCCACGGCUCCACCCUCAGUCCGCCGGCCAGCUACGGAGCCCCCGGCCUGUCCUUCAGCGAGCCCUCCCCCUGCCCGGACUACAGCAAAGAGCAGAGUUGGAAGCUCGGCUUUAACGCGGACUGCGUGGAUUACAAAGAGCACGCGCCGUCGUGGAAGUUUCAGGUUUUGUAAUGUCGUGAAAUGAGACACCGUUUUGGAAAUAUCCGCGCGCCCGCGGAGGAGGACGACUGGCCGGCCAAUGCAAUGGAGAGAUCACUCAGUUCAGUCAGUUUUAACUUAUUGAAACUGUUGCUUUUUAUUAAGCAAAGGAGGAAAAAGUGGUUAAACACCAGGAAAGUGGCCGAACGGACCCCACAAUUCAGCGUUUAUUAACUUCAACCUCUUGAAAACUUCUCGAGCUGAAGCGGAAGGAAAGCGCUGUUGUUUUUUUCACACUCGUAUUCCGGCAGGCCCCGCCCUCACGCGCUAAGAUAGGUUAGAAGCAUCCGGCGAGCUCCGCCGGGAUUGGCUACUCAUCAGCAAUCCUCCAGCCAAUGCUAGCGCGGGUGGGCGGGGUCUGUUCGAAUACGGGUGGGAAACAAUCACGGGAAAAUUACGCGCCAGUUUUUUUUAAAUUAAAAAUGCACUAUUCUAUUUAUGGCAGGCGUUUAAGAGGUUUGUAGUUUUUGGCUGUAAGAGACAAUCAGUGUAAGUGUUUCUUUUGUGUGUAAAAGUCUCCAAUCUGUAUCUUUUUUUUCUUUUAUAAACUGUGAUCUGUUGUAGGCUGUUUGAGCUUCUCCUCAGUGAAGACAUGCUGUACAUUUUGAUAGUUUUUUUAUGUUAUGGACUAUAAAUUAUUCUUUGACUUGUAAAUACAGUUUUCUCCCCGAAUGUUAGACCUAUAUAUUAAAGUAUUCCUAAUUUGAAGAAGCCGUUUUCUCACGACCGCCAUUCCCGUUUCCUUUUUAAGUUUUAUUCUUCAAAUGAUCUGUUUUUGUUUUCUGUUGCCACUUACAGGUCAUUAGACCAGCCUAAACUCCGUUGAACGCCGUGUCUGACCUGCUGGUCUGAAAGAUUGAUCCAGUGUCAGGUCUCAUUGGGCUUAAAGGUGGGAGAGAUUUAUGUUAGACACAGCUGCUGAACUGUUUCAGGCUAUCACACUUCUAAUUAAUGAGGAGGAAAUUAUUCGGUCUGCCCUCGAGUCCUCUUGUCUUCGCUGGUGCUGUUACAGUGGUGGGUCAAAGCCAAAGCACGUGACUCAAAUAAUAGUAAUAAUAACAAUAAUAAUAAUAAUAAUAAUAAUAAUAAUAAUAAUAAUAAUAAAGACGAGGCAGUAAUUUUGACCUAAACUACAUGUUUAUAUUUUUCUGAAUCAGCUGCUGGUUGGUCCUAAAAUGCUGUAGGGAAACAGGGCUAGAGUUUCUUUAAUUCUCUAUUAAAGCAGACUUUAAUCCACAGGGCCUUCUCGGACACUCGUUACAUAGAGUGGGAGCUCUGGGAAUGCUCAGUGAGUUAAUCCAGCCUCAAAGAGAGGAUCACCCAGGAAUCUCUCUCAGUCCAGCCCACACUGUGCCAACCAAGCUCUCCUGAGUUCAGUUUAAACUCUGUCAGUGCACAACCAGGUCACUUUUAAAGAACACUGUGUCAUUUGUUUAAGGCUUUUCCUCCACAGACAAAAUGUGUCCAGACAGCAAUAGACUCUGGGUUUGUGUUGGUUUCGCUUAAAAGAGCAAAUCAUUUAGGACAGUGCAGCUCUUUCUGGUUCAGUACACUGAAACUGCUUUGAAUGAACAGAUUCAAAAUGUGUCAGUCAGCUGGACAUGACAUCAACACAGUUUACACAGCUGAUGUAUUUCAGUUCAUGUCUGUAGGUAAGAACUGUGUUGAUGUGACUCAUUGACAAGUGCAACACACAAACACUUGAAAAAAAAAUACCAACAACAAAUACAAAUUAGGAUAAAUGUGUAAUAAAGAUUCAAAUGUACACAUUUGAAUCAAGCUAUUAAAAACAGACCAAAAAGUUCUAGUAAUGAAAAAGAUUGUCAGGUUGACUUUAAUAUUCUUUAAUUGAGUAAUACUUUAAUAAUAAUAAUACUUCAUACUUUGAACAAAACAAUGCAACAUCUACAAUGUUCCAACUUUUAAAACCAGUAAAAUCAAUAAAACUAAUGUGCAUUCAAAAGUGCUGCUUUGAAUGAAUUCAAUUGACUUCAAAUGUACACUAGUUCACCAUAUAUAUAUAUAUAAUUAUUUCUGUUAUAUUGGAAAAUUCAUGUAAAACCAAUGUACACAUUUUAAUCAAGUAAAUUUGUAGCAAGUUUUUACUUUUCUCCAAUGCAGAGCACUGAGGUGUGGCUGAGGUGCUGAGUGCUGAGGAUAGAAAUGAGAGAUGUUUCGAAAGAUGAAUUCAAAAGCACUUCUAGCAGCUGAAAGGUGAUGAUUCACACCAGAAAGACUAAAUAAAGCAUCCUUGAUGAGUUCAUUAAAAUAUCUCUUUUGACAUGGAUAACAUAUUGGCUAUAUGGAGAUUUUACUCUGAUGACUUAUUUGGCCUGAAAGCUGUGGAUUGUUGAAUGGAGCAUUUCACUGACCUUCCAGUUCACCUUACAGAUCUGUUCAGUUCAUUAAUGAGGGCGGUGGAGCUGAGUCUGUUCUCAGAUUAACUGAACUUUGACUUUUGCCAUAGACAUUACAUACCAUAUUAUACAUAUAUUGUUCUAUAAUACGUAUUACAUUAUACUAUAAUAUAUUGGCAUCUUUAAAAAAUGUGUUGCUAUUAUUAUUAUUAUUAUUAUUAUUAUUAUUAUUAUUAUUAUUGUUAUUGUUAUUAUUAUUAUCAUCAGAUUUUCAUUCAAGCAAAUAAAUACAUUGUUUUGCCCCAAUAGAUAUCUCAUUACACAACAAACAUACACCAAAAAUGUUCACAAUAUAAAGUUGCAAAUGUGUCAUAAAAUACAUUCCAUCAACCCGACUACUUUCAUUAAAUUUACUGUUGUUGGCAAUAAA